GAUUCAGACUACGGUUGCUUUCUGCACGGAGUUUGCAGGUUCUGCCUGUGACCCCGGGGUGUGGGUUUUCUCUGGGAUCUCCGGUUUCCUUCCACACUCGAGGCAUGCAGGUUUGUAGGCUAAUUGGCUUGAUAGAAAUUGUAAAUUGGCCCUAUUGUGUGUAGGAUAGCGUUAGUGUGCAGGGAUCGCUGGUUGGCGCGUGCUCGGUGGGCCAAGGGGCCUGUUUCCACGCUGUAUCUCCAAACUAAAAACUAAAGUAGUCACUGCCUUUACAAACCGCGCUAUUUGAAGAGGCGAAGGAACUGUGAGUCAGGCACCAUCAUCUCCUCAAUUGCUGUUCCUUCCUGUUUUUUUUAAAAAUAAAUCAAUUGUCUAAUGUCAAGGCACUGCUGUUUACUUUUUAGAAGCGCACAUGCUAAAUGAUUGUAGUGGGAGAGAGGCAGAAUAAUGAGUGCCUCCAAACAAAUCCCUCUCCUGCUGUGGAAGAACUGGACUCUCAGGAAGAGACAAAAGCUCCGCUUCCUGGUGGAACUUGCCUGGCCUCUCUCUCUUUUCCUGGUUUUAGUUUGGCUGCGGAAAUCAAAUCCUCCGUACCAACAACAUGAAUGCCACUUUCCCAACAAAGCUAUGCCCUCUGCAGGGAUGUUGCCAUGGUUACAGGGCAUUUUCUGUAAUCUGAACAACCCCUGCUUCCAGCACCCCACCUUCGGAGAAUCGCCUGGUGUGGUUUCAAACUACAGAAAUUCCUUACUGGCACGUGUUUAUGCGGAUGCUCAAGAGCUGGUGUUUGAUAAACCUGAAAUUCAUAAACUGAGCAUAAUCUGGAAUGACGUGCGCCUGCUGUCUGACCUGAUGGAUACACUCAGAUCCAACCCCAGGAAAUUUGCAGGCAAAGGCAUUCAAAUCACAGACAUUCUGAAAGAGGAUGAAACACUGACGUCAUUUCUACUCAAAGACAUUGGACUCUCAAGCUCCGUUGUUCAUCAGCUAGUCAGUGCCAAAGUGCGACCUGAACAGUUUGCUUAUGGAAUUCCAGAUCUAUCCCUCAAGGAGAUAGCAUGCAGCCAGGCCCUCCUUGACCGCUUCAUCAUCUUCUCGAGUCGGCGAGGAUCACGCACGGUUCUCAACGGGAUGUGCGUCCUGUCGCAGCAGCGACUCCAGUUGGUGGAGGAUGCACUUUAUGCAAACGUGGAUUUCCUUAAACUCUUCCAGAUGGCCCCAAAAGUGCUAAACAGACAUUCUGAUGGAAUAGACCUGAAUUUUUGGCUAAGGAUUUUAAAUGAUGCAUCAUCAACAUUAGAAGAGUUCACCACGAGGGAUAGUGUUCGAGAUUUACUUCAGGUCGUUUACCCAUUGUUUACUGAGGAGGGCCCAGCUUCGUUCAGCCAGAUGACAGCCCUGUUCUCACGUCUAAUCUGUGGCUAUCCCGAGAAAGGAGGCUCCAGGAUCUUCUCUUUUAACUGGUAUGAAGAUAACAAUUACAAAGCUUUCCUGGGAAUUAACAACACAAAGAAAGAGUCAACGUAUACCUAUGAUGACACGACAACUCCUUUCUGUAAUGCAUUGAUUCAAAACAUGGAGUCCAGUCCUGCUACCAAGAUCGCCUGGAGCAUGCUGAAGCCGCUACUGAUGGGGAAGGUUCUGUAUUCUCCUGAUUCGCCCGCAACACGGCAGCUGAUGAAAACGGCUAAUGUCACUUUCGAGGAACUACACAGACUUAAGCAGAUCGGAAAGGUCUGGGAGGAGGUGAAGCCUCAGCUUUGGAACUUCUUCCAAAACGGCGUACAAAUGAACAUAAUCCGCGACUCCAUAAAAAACCCCACAGUUUCAUAUUUCAUAAACUUGCAACUGGAAGACAUGGACUUGACGGCCAGUGACAUCAUAAACUUCCUAAACAACAGCCCAUUCAGCGAGAGUGCAGACGGACUGCCAACGUUUAGCUGGCAGAAUAUUUAUAACAUUACCGACCAGCUACUCACCACAUUCAAUAAUUAUAUGGAGUGCUUAAACCUGGAUAAAUUUGAAGGCCACUUGGACGAAGGGCAUCUCGCCCACCGAGCACUUUAUCUCCUGGAAGAAAACAAGUUUUGGGCCGGGAUUGUGUUUCCAGACUUAUACCCGUGGUCAAGCCAGCUUCCAACGCACGUCAAAUAUAAAAUCCGCAUGGACAUUGAUGCAGUGGAGCGAACCAAUAAAAUAAAAGACAGGUACUGGGACCCGGGUCCCAGGGCUGACCCGAUAGAGGAUUUGCGUUACAUCUGGGGAGGUUUUGCUUACCUGCAAGACAUGAUUGAACAUGGAAUUAUCAGGAUACAUACCAACACAGAGGUCCCAUCUGGGAUCUAUGUCCAGCAAAUGCCAUAUCCCUGCUUCGUUGAUGACAUCUUCAUGCUAGCACUAACUCGCUGCUUCCCGAUGUUCACCGUACUCUCCUGGAUCUACUCGGUCUCCAUGACCGUGAAGAGUAUUGUACUCGAAAAGGAGCUGAGGCUGAAGGAGACAAUGAAGAUCAUGGGGGUCACCAGCUGGGUGCACUGGGUGACGUGGUUCAUCGACAGCUUCAUCAUGAUGGGCGCCAGCACCGUGCUGGCAACCGUGGUGAUCAUGAGAGGAAAUGUUCUCCUCUACAGCAACCCCUUCCUUCUCUUUGGCUUCCUCCUGGUCUUCAGCUUGGCCACCAUCAUGCAGUGUUUCCUGCUGAGCGUCUUCUUCUCCAAGGCCAAUGUGGCCGUGGCUUGCAGUGGGAUUAUUUACUUCACCCUCUAUCUGCCUCACCUCCUCUGCUAUGCCUGGCAAGACAGGAUGACCAGAAACAUGAAGUUGACUGCGAGCCUAUUGUCUCCAGUGGCCUUCGGCUUUGGAUCUGAGUACCUCGCCCGCUACGAGGAGCAGGGCCUUGGUCUGCAGUGGGGCAAUAUCUGUGACAGCCCUGUGGAAGGAGACGAGUUCAGCAUGCUACUCUCCAUCAAGAUGAUGCUGUUUGAUGCAUUUCUCUACGGAAUUCUUGCCUGGUAUCUCGAUGCUGUCUUUCCAGGUCAGUACGGAGUGCCCGCACCCUGGUAUUUUCCACUCCAGUUUUCCUACUGGUUCAGUGCUGAGAAACCACAAAGGCUGGAGAAGGAGAGGCUGGAGAAAGAGAGGCUGGACAAGGAGAAGAAGGAGAAGGAAAAAAUCAACCCGGCAAUGGCAGGAAACCCUCUGUACGAGAUGGAGCCGCCUAGUCUGACUCUGGGAGUGUCCAUCCAGAACCUGGUGAAGACUUUUGGUGAGGGGCAGAAGCCAGCUGUGGAUGGGCUGAGCAUCAACUUCUUCCAAGGGCAGAUCACUUCCUUUCUGGGUCACAACGGAGCUGGAAAAACCACCACAAUGUCGAUGCUGAUCGGAUUAUUCCCACCCACAUCUGGAACGGCGUUCAUCAAUGGCAAGGAUAUUCGCACGGACAUUGAUGCAAUUCGACAGGACAUGGGCAUAUGCCCCCAGCACAAUAUUUUGUUUAAUAACCUCACCGUGGCGGAGCACAUCCUAUUUUACACUCAACUCAAAGGCCAAGCGGUCGACGAGGCAGAGAAGCAGACAGAAGUCAUGCUGGACGAAAUCGGAUUGAUGCACAAGAGAGAUGAGCUGGCUCAAAAUCUAUCAGGUGGAAUGCAGAGGAAAUUAUCAGUGGCCCUGGCGUUCAUUGGAGGAGCUAAAGUGAUCAUUUUGGAUGAGCCAACGUCUGGAGUAGAUCCAUAUUCCAGGCGAUCUAUCUGGGAUCUCCUACUGAAGUAUCGCUCAGGAAGAACAAUCAUCCUCUCCACACAUCACAUGGAUGAAGCCGAUCUUCUCGGUGAUCGGAUCGCCAUCAUUUCCCGGGGAAAGCUACUGUGCUGCGGCUCCUCUCUAUUCCUGAAGAACAGCUUUGGCUCCGGUUUCUACUUCACCCUGGUCCGCAGGAUGAAGAAAGUAAAGAGAAUGAAGCGGGGAUCAGCGCUGCUGUGCAGAUUGAGUGAUCUUUGCUGUUCUUUCACCCAUCGACUGCCUCAGCCGACCUGCACCUGUGCACCAGGCUGUAGCUGUGCCUGCUCCAACUGUUUCCCACUUGAUGAGACCCUUCCAGAUGAAGAACUAGAUGGCGACGUUGACUCGUUAACAAAACUCAUCCAGCAUCACGUCCCCGAGGCCCAGCUGAUCGAGAAUGUCGGCCAGGAGCUGUACUACCUACUGCCCAGUAAAGAUAUCAAGCACCUGGCCUAUGCCAGCCUCUUCCGAGAAGUCGAAGAGACGCUGCAAGACCUGGGUCUCAGCAGCUUUGGUGUGUCCGACACCUCGCUGGAGGAGGUGAGGCUGAGUGGUACCUAUUCCAGGAGACAGACCAUCUGGGUGGUACCCAACUCUGAGGAGGAGUGCCCUGGCCACAGCUUGGUUGAAGUCGCUACAUUUUUGUUUGUGUGUUUUUAUAUCCUUUGUUCAUCGUGGCCUCUGCAAGGCUGUCGCAUCUCAAGAACGUCACAAGCAGCCGUUGGAGUGGAACAAAAGGCAACAGUUGUGGAUGUUGAGGCCCAGGAUGCCAAGGAGGGGCCCCAGAACAGCCCAGCUGCGGAGAAGGCACAAAACAUGACAAGAGAAACGUCCGAGGCGAAACCGAACGGACAGCCGGCAGCGGGCAGUUCGCACCCAGCCACGGCCGAGGCGUCCCCUGAUCCCACAGGCCAGCAGCCACCCGCUGGGACUGACGGGAAAGGCUCCAGACAAAUCAAGGGCGGAGAGCUUGUCAGGCAGCAGUUCAAGGCGUUGUUCAUCAAAAGAUUCAACCAUGCCAUCCGCAGUCAAAGGGAUUUCCUGGCACAGUUUCUCCUACCUGCAAACUUUGUGCUACUGGCUUUGAUCUUUUCACUUAUAAUCCCUCCAUUUGGAGAGUAUAGAAGUUUAACGAUGCACCCAUGGAUGUAUGGUGAACAAUACACUUUCUUCAGCAAUGAACGGCCAUCUGAUGAGAAGCUGUGCCAAUUGACGGAGGCAUUGGUGAACGAUCCUGGGUUUGGGACUCGGUGUAUGAAGGGCAACCCCAUUGAGGGAUACCCCUGCGGGAACCAUUCCACUGACUGGGGAGUCCCGAGACAUGACCGCUCAAUAGCCAACGUGCUGAAAUCCCCCAUCUACUCCAGCAACAACCCAUCGCCACCGUGCCUGUGCAGCACGAGAGGCCGCCUGGUUAUGCUCCCCGACUGCCCCCCAGCGGCCGGUGGCCUGCCUCCGCCACAGAGAAUCCAGAACUCAACGGAGAUCCUGCAGAAUCUCACUGAAAGAAACUUAUCAGAUUUCCUGGUUAAAACGUACCCUAAACUGAUAAGGAGCAGCAUGCAGAGCAAGUACUGGGUGAACGAACGCAGAUACGGUGGGAUUUCUAUCGGAGGAAGACUCGCUGGUUUACCAGUCAACCAUAAACAGAUAACCACGGUCUUCUCUCAACUGGGCCGAAUGCUGAAUGUCACUGGGGGCAAUAAUACGCAGAUGGUAUUCAGCAAUCUGAAUGAUUUCAUUAAAUAUUUGGAGACUGAAGAAAAUAUUAAGGUGUGGUUCAAUAACAAAGGCUGGCACGCCAUGAUUGCCUUCACGAACGUUGCCAACAAUGCGAUCCUCCGGGCAAACCUUCCCGAGCAGGAGGAGGCUGAAGACUACGGCAUCACCCUCAUAAAUCACCCCCUCAACCUCACAAAGGAGCAACUUUCAGAAGUGACAGUCCUCACCACCUCCGUGGAUGCAGUGAUCGCCAUCAGUGUGGUGUUCGCCAUGUCUUUCGUCCCGGCCAGCUUUGUGCUCUACCUGAUACAGGAGAGGGUUUCCAAUGCAAAGCACCUGCAGUUUGUCAGUGGAAUGAGCUCAACCACCUACUGGGUCUCCAACUUUAUUUGGGAUAUGUGUAACUAUUCAGUGACCACAGUCAUGGUGACCCUGAUCUUCAUCUGCUUCAAGAAGAAAGCCUUCACCUCUUCGCAGAACCUGCCUGCAUUUGUAGCUCUCCUGCUGCUGUAUGGGUGGGCAGUGACCCCCAUGAUGUACCCAGCAUCGUUCGUGUUCGAUGUUCCCAGCACCGCCUACGUGGCUCUGUCCUGCAUCAAUCUCUUCAUUGGCAUCAACGGCAGUGCUGUCACCUUUAUUCUCGACUUGUUCGAAAACAGCAGGGUUUUACAGAUGUUCAAUUCAAUGUUAAAAAACGUUCUGAUAAUAUUUCCACAUUUCUGCCUGGGACGAGGUCUGAUUGACAUGGCCAUGAAUCAGGCAGUGACUGAAGUAUACGCAAGGUUUGGCGAAGACUUUUAUUUUAAUCCAUUCCAUUGGGAGUUCAUUGGCAAGAAUCUUACAGCCAUGGCGAUCGAGGGAUUCGUCUACUUCCUGCUGAACCUUCUCUUCCAACAUCGCUUCUUCCUCAGUCACUCGCCAUCGACAGCCGGCAACCUUCCCGCCAUUGAAGAAGAUGACGAUGUGGCUAAGGAGCGCGAGAGAAUUCAGGGCAAAAGCACGCACGACAUUCUGAAAAUAAAGGAGCUGACCAAGUAUUACGCAGGGAAAUCCAGGCCCGCCGUUGACAGGAUCAGUCUAGGAAUUCGUCCUGGAGAGUGCUUUGGACUUCUGGGUGUCAAUGGUGCUGGAAAGACGACGACCUUCAAAGUACUGACGGGCGAUAUCCAUCCCACGUCUGGCGAAGCAUCAGUAGCAGGCUACAGUAUUCUUGGCCAGAUUGAAGAUGUCCACCAGAACAUGGGAUACUGCCCUCAGUUCGACGCCAUCGAUGACCUCCUCACGGGCCGCGAACACCUCCAGCUCUACGCCCGCCUGCGAGGAGUUCCAAAAGAUGAGAUGGACCGGGUCGCUGAGUGGGCAAUUGAGAAGCUGGAUCUCACCGAGUAUGCUGACCAGAUGGCUGGUACCUUCAGCGGAGGCAACAAGCGCAAGCUCUCCACAGCCAUAGCCCUCAUCGGCUGCCCUGCAGUGGUGUUACUGGAUGAGCCGACCACUGGGAUGGAUCCAAAGACGCGGCGAUUUCUCUGGAACUGUCUCCUGGGCGUAAUCCGUGAAGGAAGAGCGGUGGUGUUGACCUCACACAGCAUGGAAGAAUGUGAGGCUCUCUGCACCCGGCUGGCCAUAAUGGUGAACGGUCAGUUCAAGUGUCUUGGCACCAUACAGCACCUGAAGUACAAGUUUGGAGAUGGUUAUGUGGUGACGCUGAAGAUCAAAGGAAGUCAGCCUGGAGCCUCACCCGACCUGACAGCGGCCGAGACAUUCAUCAAGAGCAACUUCCCCGGCAGCCUGCAGAUAGAGAAACAUCACAGCACCAUCCAGUACCAGCUGUCUUCAUCCUCAUUAGCCAGAAUCUUUCACCUACUCAUCUCUAACAAAGAGCAGCUGAGAAUCGACGAGUAUUCUGUCUCACAAACAACUUUAGACCAGGUGUUUGUGAACUUUGCCAAACAGCAAACAGCUGAAGACGAGAAUCUCGCCCUCCACCCCCGUGCUGCAGCGGCCAGGAGAGAAGUGAAAGUCACACCAGCUCCCGCGGAAGCAGCUCCCGGCUCAGCCGGUGGCGGCCUGAACAAGGAGAAGAAGUCCUGAGGAAAUUCCAACAAAGCCGCAGUGAACAGGCUGAAUCGCAAAGGUCCUGCCGGUUUCAAUAAGGGAGACCACCCCUGUGAUAAUUCCACGCGGCUACCACUACCAGGAGCAUCAACACGUGGACGCCAAGCGUUGUGACUUGCUAAAUAGUGAGCUGCUAAUCUCAAUGUCAUGUACGUCUCACUCUAAAGGAAGGUCCACCUGUGGCUGAAUACAGUAACUUUAAGUAGCUUUAACCUGAAGAAGGGUCUCGACCCGAAAACGUCACCCAUUCCUUCUCUCCAGAGAUGCUGCCUGUCCCGCUGAGUUAGUCCAGCACUUUGUGUCUCUCUUCAAUUUAAACCAGCAUCUGCAGUUCUUUCCUACACAGUAGCUUUAAGUUGGGCUUGGCUGUGGCUAUUUCUCAGUCAUAACAUAGAUGCCUGUACAUCCCUCCUAGUGGGCAGAAUGCAGAACUGUAGUCAUUACUUGCAGGAUUCCAUGUCAUUCAGCAUUGUUAGCAGUGAAGGGGUUCUUUACCCGUUAACAUUCCAAUACUGUACCUCCAAAUAGAAUGGAUGGAGUGUGGUAAAACAUGUUGUCAGACUGGAAGUAAAUAAAUAUUAAAACAGGGAUGAGAGAGCUAAUUUUCCUCAGCACACUACUUCAAGUUCAAGUGAGUUUAUUGUCAUGUGUCCCUUUAUAGGACAAUGAAAUUCUUGCUUUGCUUCAGCACACAGAACAUAGUAGGCAUUUACUACAAAACAGAUCAGUGUGUCCAUAUACCAUAAUAUAAAUAUAUACACACAUGAAUAAGUAAACUGAUGAAGUGCAAAUAACAGAUAAUGGGUUAUUAAUAAUCAGAGUUUUGUCCGAGCCAGGUUUAAUAGCCCGAUGGCUGUGGGGAAGUAGCUAUUCCUGAACCUGGUUGUUGCAGUCUUCAGGCUCCUGUACCUUCUACCUGAAGGACCCUUCCUAAAAAGCACAAUACCGCAGAUGCAGGAUAACUGCAACACAAACAGAAAAUGUCGGAAAUAUUCAGCCGGGCAGGCAGCUUCUAACAUGUUAUGCCCCAUCAGUCUAAACUCUUUCACCAGCUUCUCCAUGUUUACUAUUUGAAUUAUUUUUAGCAAUACAGCACAGUUGCAAUACUGGCUCUUGCCCAACAGUGUGGACAAUUGCCCAGGUGUGCUGCACUCACAUAUAGCAGAACAUGUCCAAUCUGCCUGAUUACUGCCCAAUGUUAACCCUCAAUCAUCUGCAAAGUGAUGGUAGCUGCCGUCCGCAUUACUAUCAAGCGCCACUUACUGAACAAUAACACCUUCACACGCGCCCACUAUGGAUUUAACCUUCAGACCUCAUCGCACCCUUCAUCCAAACAGGCACCACUGAGCUGAACUCCAGAGGUGAGGUGAGAGAGACGUUGGUUUAGUUUAGUUUAGUUUAUUGUCACAUGUACCGAGUUACAGUGAAAAGCUUUUGCUGCGUGCUAACCAGUCAACCCAUCCACAGUGUACAGAUACAUGAUAAAGGGCUAUAAUAUUUAGUGAAAGAUAAAGUCCAGCAAAGUCUGAUUAAAGAUAGUCCGAGGGUCCCCAAUAUGGUAGGUAGUAGUUCAGGAGGACCACUCUCUAGUCGUUGAUAGAAUGAUUCAGUUGCCUGAUCACAGCGAGGAAGAAACUGUCCCUAAAUUUGGAGAUGUGCGUUUUCACACUUCUGUACCUCUCGCUUAUUCUCUCUCCAUAGAUGUUACUUGCCCUGCUGAGUAUUUUCAAUAUGUUUCUGUUUUCAUUUGAAUUGGCUGCAAUGUUUCCUAUGUUGCAAUUCAUUAAAAAACACUUCUUGGUGUAAAGUAAUUUUCAAAAGUAGCAUAAAAGGCCUGAUUCAAAUGCAAGCCUGUUUCUAUUACGUGAAAUACAGGUUUAUGACUAUGCUGUAGCUAUGAUAGAUGAACUACCCCCCCACCGUCCUAUCGUCCUAUUUGCUAAAGUCAGCAAUGGUAAAGUUUGUGCCCAUAAUUGGUGAGCCCACAAUUGAGCGUGGGAAUGGAAUGAUUUAAGCUCCAGAUUCCUUCAGGGCCUGUCCCACCAGCAUGCGACUCCAAGCGGCAUGCGCGACGUAACGUGAUCGCUUGAGCUGUACAGCCUCGCGGGGCCGGUCCCACUUCGAUCGCCAGAGCCGUAUGGAGUUGUGCGGAGCUGGUCCCGACAUCGCGCGGAACUCCGAAAAACUGACCGUGUUCAAAAAUUCCACACGGCAA